AAACUUUAUCGUAGAACUCAAAUAUCCCUUUGCAUAAAAACAUAUGGCUUUGCUAUAAAAAUUAUGACUGGAAAACACUGGCCCAUUAAUAGCCUGCGGAGUGAUUUAUACUUUAUUGUUCUGCUGGCCCGGCACGUGACGCGGCCAGCCAAUGGCGUGACAGGCGCCUUCAACUUAUUAGGUGACUGUACUUCUCCUAGGACCAAGUUGUUACAUGAAAUCUGCAGUUUCAUAAUUUCCGCAGGUCCGGCGUCGGGGCGGCGGCGGCGGCGGCGGCGGCGGCGGCGUCGCGUGGCCAUGUCGACUUCGGGGACCCUGAGCAAUUACCGUGGACUGUUUUGCCCACGAGAGGGAAGAUGGCCUGCCGGCCCCGGCGCCCUGGCGCAGCCCGCCCGGCAGCCGGCGCUGGGGGAGCACCCGGACUUCAGCCCCUGCAGCUUCCAGUCGAAGGCGUCGGUCUUCGGCACUUCCUGGAACCCGGUGCACCCGCCGAGCGCCAAAAGGCCGUUCUACCCCUUUUAUGUACCACCAGGGUUUCGGCGGGCCCCUGACGGCAGGUACAUGCGUUCCUGGCUGGAGCCCAUGCCAGGCUCUCUGUCCUUCCCGGGUUUACCUUCCAGCAAUUACGGAUUAAAACCCGAACGUUUGGCCAGAAGGGGAUUUCCGUUUGACACUCACACUUUGUCUCUGUCUGACUAUGCUUGUGGUUCUCCUCCAGUUGAUAGGGAUAAGCAGCCCAGCGAAGGUGCGUUCUCGGAAAACAAUGGAGACAGUGAGGGGGGGAAAUUCCCUUCACCCUCCACCCCAGACAACCCAGCUGCGAACUGGCUACACGCGAGAUCCACUCGAAAAAAGCGCUGUCCCUACACCAAGCACCAAACACUAGAACUGGAGAAGGAAUUCUUGUUCAAUAUGUAUCUCACCAGGGACCGCAGAUACGAAGUGGCAAGACUCCUCAACCUCACCGAAAGACAAGUCAAAAUUUGGUUUCAAAACAGGAGGAUGAAAAUGAAGAAAAUUAACAAAGACCGAGCAAAGGACGAAUGAUGUGGCCCAGGUUGAUAGGAAGGCUGGGGGAAGUUCUCUCCCUCCCAUUCCUUCUUCUCCCCGCUCCCAGCCUCCAGAACCCUACAAAAUAUGACUGAAUCCAGGUCUCUCCCCAUCCACCCACCCCAUCCCUUCUUCCCCUCUUCCCCAAUCCUUAUCAUUCAUAAUGGUGUACCUUGUCACGGUAGCACGGGGGGCCUUGCCCAGCCUGUGGUGGAGGUACUGUAAGCUUUUUCAUUUUCUAUCCUAGGACAAAAAAGGGGGCAUUAGUGCUGUAUGGCUGUGUGUGUUGGCUUGUAUUUAAAAAAAAAAAAAAAGAAAGAAAGAAAAGAAAAGAAGAAAUCUACCUGUUCCUUACUUAUGGAGAAAAAAAAUAAUAACUACCUUUUUCCUAAUGCACAACUCUCUGGACAGACUGUAGAGCGUAGUGUGUGUAGUUCUUUGAUUUGCUCUGUGCGCAGCGGAGAGGGCUGCUGUAAUACUUGAACAUGUGUUUGUUUGUGGUUAAUCAUUGUUCGUGAAUCCACUUUUGUGCUUGGGUGCCGGCCCUACCGGUUGUCAUCGUGGACGCUAAGAAUCUCAUUCGAACUCAGGUUGUUGAGGAGAAAUGUGGCAAAGGAUCUAGCUCUGUAGUGUAAUAAGUCUUUCUUCUGUAUAACUAGACAGUUAACCUUGGAUUGUAAUAUAAAUAGAGAAAGAGAGAGAGAGAGAGAGUAUAUAAAAUAUCAUCCCAGUCAAAGAAAAAAAAAGAAUAAAAAAAGAGAAACUUUUGUUGGGCUGGGAGGGAUAAGUGGACUCCAAAGCCUCUCCCCAACGUCUUUCCAAUCGGGACAUUUUAGUCUGUACAGUUGAUCUCUAGUACUGUCUUGUCAGUUGUAUAUAAUCUAUAUAUUAAAGAAAAAAAAAGUAAAUACUCAGACGAG